AUGAGGGCAGCCAGGGAGCAGCUGGGAUGGGUGGCACUAUGGGUCGCUGUCUGCUUUGGACUAUCUGCAGCCAACUCUGAGGUGAGAUCCUUGCACGAUGACGGGGUCUGCAGCACAUGGGGAAACUACCACUUCAAAACGUUCGAUGGAGAUUUCUUCCAGCUUCCUUUCACUUGCAACUACAUCCUUGCGGAAAUUUGUGAAGGCAAUUAUGAAGAGUUCAAUAUUCAGCUCCAGCGACAGGUGACGAAUGGGGUUGUCUCCAUUAAGAGGGUCACUAUGAAACUGGACGGGGUUCCAGUGGAAUUAGCCAGCACUUCCAUCAAAGUCGACAAUAAACCUGUCUCUAUACCUUUCACUCAAGCUGGCAUUUCAAUUGAAAGAACCGUUUCAUAUGUCAAACUCGAGGCAAAGCUGGGUUUGGUCCUCAUGUGGAAUCAAGAUGACGUCCUCUGGAUUGAGCUGGAUUCAAGAUACAGGAAUCAGACAUGUGGCCUGUGUGGUAACUUCAAUGGAGUCCGGGUUGAUGACAAGUCCAACACAAUAGGGGAUUCUCCUGAAGAGUACGGGGAGGAAUGGGAAGAGAAUUAUCCGAGUGAUAAGUGUGAAAAAAUCCCCUCUUCAGCUAAUCAGACCUGUGCAAAGCAGACAGACCUCUGUGAAAACCUGCUGUCAGGACCUGCCUUCCACAGCUGUCAAAACCUGGUGGAUACCGAUUCCUUUAUCAGAGCGUGUGUGAAGGACCUGUGCAGCUGUGACAUGAACAGUAGCUCCUGUUUGUGUUCCACCAUCUCAGAGUUCUCCCGUCAAUGCGCUCAUGCAGGUGGAAAACCUCAACAAUGGAAGACCACUCAGCUCUGUGCAAAAACGUGUCCGUUCAACAUGGAGUACAGAGAAUGUGGUAGUCCCUGCACUGACACCUGCAGCGACUUUCAGAGAAGCCAAGUGUGUGACGAUCACUGCACCGAUGGAUGCUUCUGUCCACCUGAUACCAUCUUUGAUGACAUCACACAGAGUGGCUGUGUUGCCAUUAACCAGUGCUCCUGUUUGCACAACGGCAAGCCAUACGGUCCAGGGAAAUCAUACUCAGGGCCAUGUGGUGUAUGCACCUGUACCAGGGGUGAGUGGAGCUGUCAGGACGAUGACUGUCCCGGUAUCUGCUCCAUACUGGGAGGCUCUCACAUCUCCACCUACGAUGACAAAACUUACACAUUCCAUGGAGAAUGCUCUUACGUUUUCUCCAAAGAAGCUAACGGGACUUUCAAAGUCAUCGGUGACAUGGCCAGAUGUGAUAAAUCAACUUGCCUGACUGAAGUCACCAUAAAGCUGGCAAAACAAAAGCAGAAGAUUAUAGUUAAAGCCAGCGGACAGGUCUCAUAUAACAAGCAGAUCUCUCAACUGCCUCUUUUCACAGACGAUGUAACAAUCUUCAGUCCAUCAACAUUUUUUAUUGUGGUCCACACCACCUUCGGGCUCGAUGUUGAGAUUCAGCUCACGCCGGUUAUGCAGGUCUACAUCAAAGCCAGCGUGUCCAAAAAGGGAAAACUAAAAGGUCUUUGCGGAGAUUUUAAUGACCAUCAAGCUGACGACUUCAGAACCACAGCCGGACUGAUUGAGGGAACGGGUAGGACAUUCGCCAACACAUGGAAGACCAAAGCCAACUGCCCUGAUGUGACAUCCACAUAUACGGAUCCCUGUAGCUAUAACAUGGCCAAAGAGAGAUAUGCCAAACAAUGGUGUUCCCUGCUGUCAAAGCCAGGAGGGAUUUUUGCCAAAUGCCAUUCUGCCAUAAACCCAGACAUCUAUGAAACUUCUUGUAUCUACGAUACAUGUGCCUGUAAAAACAGUGAGGCAUGCAUGUGUGCUGCCCUGUCCUCCUAUGUGCGAGCAUGUGCUGUUGCAGGUGUCUCACUGGACGGAUGGAGGACCACUGCAUGCGAUAAGUACACAAGUGUCUGCCCCUCUACUUUCGUGUAUGCCUACCAGAUGAAAAGCUGCGGACGCACCUGUCGCUCUCUCAGUCAGUCAGACUUAACAUGUGAGGUUGAGUUUACUCCUCUUGAUGGCUGCGGCUGUGCUGAAGGAAAGUACCUCAAUGACAAGAGGGAGUGUGUGUCGGCCUCAAAAUGCUCCUGUCAUGUGGGGGACAUGGUGGUGAGGCCCAAGCAGACCAUUGCAGUCAAUGGAGAGACUUGCUCCUGCCACAAUGGAAAAUUGAGCUGUAAAGGAAGUCCAAUAAAUGAAUAUUGCACCAAUCCAAUGGUUUUCUUCAACUGCUCCAAUGCAAAGCCAGGCGAAAAGGGAACUGAGUGCCAGAGAAGCUGCCAGAAUCUGGACACAGACUGUGUCAGUCCACAGUGUAUCUCAGGCUGCGUGUGUCCUGCUGGUCUGCUUUCUGACGGCAAAGGAGCCUGUGUAGAGGAGGAGGACUGCUCCUGUUCCUAUAACGGACAGCACUACAGUUCUGGACAGACUGUCACUGUAGACUGCAAUACCUGCACUUGCAGAAGCAGAAAAUGGACUUGCACAAAGCAUGAAUGUGGUGCGACCUGUUCCAUGUAUGGAGAAGGGCAUUACAUGACGUUUGAUGAAAGGAGAUUCUCUUUUAAUGGGGAAUGUGGUUACGUCUUCACUCAGGAUUACUGUGGGGACGAUAGGAAUGGCACCUUCAGGGUUCUGACUGAGAGCAUCCCAUGUGGAACAUCUGAAAGCAUCUGCUCUACUAAAAUCAGGCUCUACUUAGGGAACAAAGAAAUUAUUCUAACAGAAGACAAUGUCCGAGUUGUCAAACAAAGCACAGGGGUGGACAUACCCUAUCACAUCAACACUAUUGGUCUCUAUCUCGUCAUUGAGGCAAAGAAUGGUCUUGUUCUCAUGUGGAAUAAGAAGACUAUAUUGAUGAUCAAACUCAGCUCAGCAUUUAAGGGCAGAGUCUGUGGUCUUUGUGGAAAUUACGAUGGGAAUACCAAGAACGAUUUCACCACCAGAAACAAAGAAGUUGUGGUCAACGACCUAGAGUUUGGAAACAGCUGGAAAUUGUCGCCUGCCUGCUCCAAUGCAAAUAUAUCAACAAAUCCCUGCAAUCUGUACUCACACAGGCAGGCAUGGGCAUUAAAACACUGCAACAUAAUCCACAGUAAAGUAUUUGCUGUCUGCCGUGAAAAGGUGGAUCCCAAAAACUACCAUGAUGCCUGUGUGAGAGACACAUGUGCCUGCAACACAGGAGGAGACUGUGAGUGUUUCUGCUCGGCUGUGGCGGCCUACGCAGCCGCCUGCAAUAAGGCUGGAGCCUGCGUGAAGUGGAGAACUCCCACAAUUUGCCCUCUGUUCUGUGACUUUUACAACGCUGAUGGGGAGUGUGAGUGGCACUACAGCCCAUGUGGAAAACCUUGUAUGAAGACAUGCAGGAACCCCUCAGGGAAAUGUUACAACCACAUUCCAGCAUUAGAAGGCUGCUAUCCACAAUGCCCACUUGAACGGCCUUAUUUGGAGGAAACUACCAUGAAGUGUGUGCCACAGGAGGAAUGUGGCUGCUACGAUGAUGAAGGGAAGCAUUAUGAAGAAGGGCAGGACAUGCCUGCAAAAACCAACUGUCAACGCUGUAAUUGUUCUUCAACAAAGAGGAAGUGCAGCUAUGAUGUCCACAUAAAACCCACAACCACUACAACCACAACCACAGAGACACCCACCACCACUACAACCACAAUCACAGAGACACCCACUACCACUACAACCACAACCACAGAGACACCCACCACCACUACAACCACAACCACAGAGACACCCACCACCACUGGAACCACAACCACAGAGACACCCACCACCACUACAACAAUAACCACGGAAAAAUCCACAACUACUGAAACACCCACAACAACCCCAAUCUCAACAACAACCACCCCAACUGAUUGCUUUGUUUGUAAGUGGUCUGAUUGGAUCAACAAGCGUUACCCUGACCAAACCCCAGAUGGCGGAGAGUAUGAAACUUUAGACAAUUUUACUGAUCCAGAUCUAAAAUUUUGUAGGAAACCUCUGGAGGUAAAAUGUAGAGCAGAACAAUACCCAGAUAAACCUCUGAAGGAUUUAGAUCAAAAAGUAACAUGCAACUCAACAGUCGGACUCAUCUGUCAUAACAAAGACCAGGGUAUACAUGGUCAUUGUUUGGACUAUAAAAUACAAGUCAAAUGUUGUACUUAUGAGUGUACAACCACAGAGACACCAACCACCACUACAACCACAACCACAGAGACACCCACCACCACUACAACCACAGAGACACCCACCACCACUACAACCACAACCACGGAGACACCCACCACCACUACAACCACAGAGACACCCACCACCACUGCAACCACAACCACAGAGACACCUACCACCACCACAACCACAACCACAGAGACACCCACCACCACUACAACCACAGAGACACCCACCACCACUACAACCACAACCACAGAGACACCCACCACCACUGCAACCACAACAACAGAGACACCCACCACCACUACAACCACAACCACAGAGACAUCCACUACGACCACAACCACAGAGACACCCACCACCACUACAACAAUAACCACGGAAAAAUCCACAACUACUGAAACACCCACAACAACCCCAAUCUCAACAACAACCACCCCAACCACCCCCACUGAUUGCUUUGUUUGUAAGUGGUCUGAUUGGAUCAACAAGCGUUACCCUGACCAAACCCCAGAUGGCGGAGAGUAUGAAACUUUAGACAAUGUUACUGAUCCAGAUCUAAAAUUUUGUAGGAAACCUCUGGAGGUAAAAUGUAGAGCAGAACAAUACCCAGAUAAACCUCUGAAGGAUUUAGAUCAAAAAGUAACAUGCAACUCAACAGUCGGACUCAUCUGUCAUAACAAAGACCAGGGUAUACAUGGUCAUUGUUUGGACUAUGAAAUACAAGUCAAAUGUUGUACUUAUGAGUGUACAACCGCAGAGACACCAACCACCACUACAACCACAACCACAGAGACACCCACCACAACCACAGAGACACCCACCACCACUACAACCACAGAGACACCCACCACCACUACAACCACAACCACAGAGACACCCACCACCACUACAACCACAGAGACACCCACCACCACUGCAACCACAACCACAGAGACACCUACCACCACUACAACCACAGGUAUACAUGGUCAUUGUUUGGACUAUGAAAUACAAGUCAAAUGUUGUACUUAUGAGUGUACAACCACAGAGACACCAACCACCACUACAACCACAACCACAGAGACACCCACCACCACUACAACCACAGAGACACCCACCACCACUACAACCACAACCACAGAGACACCCACCACCACUACAACCACAGAGACACCCACCACCACUACAACCACAGAGACACCUACCACCACUGCAACCACAACCACAGAGACACCCACCACCACUACAACCACAACCACAGAGACAUCCACUACAACCACAACCACAGAGACACCCACCACCACUACAACCACAACCACAGAGACACCCACCACCACUACAACCACAACCACAGAGACACCUACCACCACUACAACCACAACCACAGAGACACCCACCACCACUACAACAAUAACCACGGAAAAAUCCACAACUACUGAAACACCCACAACAACCCCAAUCUCAACAACAACCACCCCAACCACCCCCACUGAUUGCUUUGUUUGUAAGUGGUCUGAUUGGAUCAACAAGCGUUACCCUGACCAAACCCCAGAUGGCGGAGAGUAUGAAACUUUAGACAAUGUUACUGAUCCAGAUCUAAAAUUUUGUAGGAAACCUCUGGAGGUAAAAUGUAGAGCAGAACAAUACCCAGAUAAACCUCUGAAGGAUUUAGAUCAAAAAGUAACAUGCAACUCAACAGUCGGACUCAUCUGUCAUAACAAAGACCAGGGUAUACAUGGUCAUUGUUUGGACUAUGAAAUACAAGUCAAAUGUUGUACUUAUGAGUGUACAACCACAGAGACACCAACCACCACUACAACCACAACCACAGAGACACCCACCACCACUACAACCACAGAGACACCCACCACCACUACAACCACAACCACAGAGACACCCACCACCACUACAACCACAGAGACACCCACCACCACUACAACCACAGAGACACCUACCACAACCACAGAGACACCCACCACCACUACAACCACAGAGACAUCCAUUACAACCACAACCACAGAGACACCCACCACCACUACAACCACAACCACAGAGACACCCACCACCACUACAACCACAACCACAGAGACACCUACCACCACUACAACCACAACCACAGAGACACCCACCACCACUACAACAAUAACCAGGGAAAAAUCCACAACUACUGAAACACCCACAACAACCCCAAUCUCAACAACAACCACCCCCACUGAUUGCUUUGUUUGUAAGUGGUCUGAUUGGAUCAACAAGCGUUACCCUGACCAAACCCCAGAUGGCGGAGAGUAUGAAACUUUAGACAAUGUUACUGAUCCAGAUCUAAAAUUUUGUAGGAAACCUCUGGAGACACCCACCACCACUACAACAAUAACCACGGAAAAAUCCACAACUACUGAAACACCCACAACAACCCCAAUCUCAACAACAACCACCCCAACCACCCCCACUGAUUGCUUUGUUUGUAAGUGGUCUGAUUGGAUCAACAAGCGUUACCCUGACCAAACCCCAGAUGGCGGAGAGUAUGAAACUUUAGACAAUGUUACUGAUCCAGAUCUAAAAUUUUGUAGGAAACCUCUGGAGGUAAAAUGUAGAGCAGAACAAUACCCAGAUAAACCUCUGAAGGAUUUAGAUCAAAAAGUAACAUGCAACUCAACAGUCGGACUCAUCUGUCAUAACAAAGACCAGGGUAUACAUGGUCAUUGUUUGGACUAUGAAAUACAAGUCAAAUGUUGUACUUAUGAGUGUACAACCACAGAGACACCAACCACCACUACAACCACAACCACAGAGACACCCACCACCACUACAACCACAACCAUGGAGACACCCACCACCACUACAACCACAGAGACACCCACCACCACUGCAACCACAACCACAGAGACACCCACCACCACUACAACCACACCCACCACCACUGCAACCACAACAACAGAGACACCCACCACCACUACAACCACAACCACAGAGACAUCCACUACGACCACAACCACAGAGACACCCACCACCACUACAACCACAACCACAGAGACACCCACCACCACUACAACCACAACCACAGAGACACCUACCACCACUACAACCACAACCACAGAGACACGCACCACCACUACAACAAUAACCACGGAAAAAUCCACAACUACUGAAACACCCACAACAACCCCAAUCUCAACAACAACCACCCCAACCACCCCCACUGAUUGCUUUGUUUGUAAGUGGUCUGAUUGGAUCAACAAGCGUUACCCUGACCAAACCCCAGAUGGCGGAGAGUAUGAAACUUUAGACAAUAUUACUGAUCCAGAUCUAAAAUUUUGUAGGAAACCUCUGGAGGUAAAAUGUAGAGCAGAACAAUACCCAGAUAAACCUCUGAAGGAUUUAGAUCAAAAAGUAACAUGCAACUCAACAGUCGGACUCAUCUGUCAUAACAAAGACCAGGGUAUACAUGGUCAUUGUUUGGACUAUGAAAUACAAGUCAAAUGUUGUACUUAUGAGUGUACAACCGCAGAGACACCAACCACCACUACAACCACAACCACAGAGACACCCACCACCACUACAACCACAACCACAGAGACACCCACCACCACUACAACCACAACCACAAAGAGUACAACCACAGAGACACCCACCACCACUGCAACCACAACCACAGAGACACCUACCACCACUACAACCACAACCACAGAGACACCCACCACCACUACAACCACAGAGACACCCACCACCACUACAACCACAGAGACACCCACCACCACUACAACCACAGAGACACCCACCACCACUGCAACCACAACCACAGAGACACCCACCACCACUACAACCACAACCACAGAGACAUCCACUACCACUACAACCACAACCACAGAGACACCCACCACCACUACAACCACAACCACAGAGACACCCACCACCACUACAACCACAACCACAGAGACACCUACCACACCCACCACCACUACAACAAUAACCACGGAAAAAUCCACAACUACUGAAACACCCACAACAACCCCAAUCUCAACAACAACCACCCCAACCACCCCCACUGAUUGCUUUGUUUGUAAGUGGUCUGAUUGGAUCAACAAGCGUUACCCUGACCAAACCCCAGAUGGCGGAGAGUAUGAAACUUUAGACAAUGUUACUGAUCCAGAUCUAAAAUUUUGUAGGAAACCUCUGGAGGUAAAAUGUAGAGCAGAACAAUACCCAGAUAAACCUCUGAAGGAUUUAGAUCAAAAAGUAACAUGCAACUCAACAGUCGGACUCAUCUGUCAUAACAAAGACCAGGGUAUACAUGGUCAUUGUUUGGACUAUGAAAUACAAGUCAAAUGUUGUACUUAUGAGUGUACAACCAAAGAGACACCAACCACCACUACAACCACAACCACAGAGACACCCACCACCACUACAACCACAACCACAGAGACACCCACCACCACUACAACCACAACCACAAAGAGACCCACCACCACUAAAACGACAACCACAGAGACACCCACCACCACUGCAACCACGACCACAGAGACACCCACCACCACUACAACCACAACCAUAGAGACACCCACCACCACUACAACCACAGAGACACCCACCACCACUACAACCAUAGAGACACCCACCACCACUACAACCACAACCACAGAGACACCCACCACCACUACAACCACAACCACAGAGACACCCACCACCACUACAACCACAACCACAGAGAAAACCACUACCACUACAACCACAACCACUGAGAAACCCACCACCCCUACAACCACAACCACCGACCAGCACCACGUCAAGCUCUGGCACUACAACACCAACUGGCUCAACAAAAGUUACAGGAUCCACAGCGACGCCUUUCCAAGACUGCUCAUAUCUGGAGCCACCCAGAAAGGAGCUGUGACCUGCACUAAAUCCUUGAGGGUGUAUUACAAAGACUAUGACAUUAUUAUCACACAGGAGAGGAUUCCCAAGACCGUAAACAAGGUCUUCAUCAACGGCGAGCGGGUUUUCCCAACCUACUCUAAUAAGGACCUCAAUAUUAAAAGUACAGGGAUCAAGCUGGAAUUGAGAAUCCCAGCAAUUGAAGCAUAUACUACAACCACAACCACAGAGACACGCACCACCACUACAACAAUAACCACGGAAAAAUCCACAACUACUGAAACACCCACAACAACCCCAAUCUCAACAACAACCACCCCAACCACCCCCACUGAUUGCUUUGUUUGUAAGUGGUCUGAUUGGAUCAACAAGCGUUACCCUGACCAAACCCCAGAUGGCGGAGAGUAUGAAACUUUAGACAAUAUUACUGAUCCAGAUCUAAAAUUUUGUAGGAAACCUCUGGAGGUAAAAUGUAGAGCAGAACAAUACCCAGAUAAACCUCUGAAGGAUUUAGAUCAAAAAGUAACAUGCAACUCAACAGUCGGACUCAUCUGUCAUAACAAAGACCAGGGUAUACAUGGUCAUUGUUUGGACUAUGAAAUACAAGUCAAAUGUUGUACUUAUGAGUGUACAACCGCAGAGACACCAACCACCACUACAACCACAACCACAGAGACACCCACCACCACUACAACCACAACCACAGAGACACCCACCACCACUACAACCACAACGACACCUACCACCACUACAACCACAACCACAGAGACACCCACCACCACUACAACCACAGAGACACCCACCACCACUACAACCACAGAGACACCCACCACCACUACAACCACAGAGACACCCACCACCACUGCAACCACAACCACAGAGACACCCACCACCACUACAACCACAACCACAGAGACAUCCACUACCACUACAACCACAACCACAGAGACACCCACCACCACUACAACCACAACCACAGAGACACCCACCACCACUACAACCACAACCACAGAGACACCUACCACCACUACAACCACAACCACAGAGACACCCACCACCACUACAACAAUAACCACGGAAAAAUCCACAACUACUGAAACACCCACAACAACCCCAAUCUCAACAACAACCACCCCAACCACCCCCACUGAUUGCUUUGUUUGUAAGUGGUCUGAUUGGAUCAACAAGCGUUACCCUGACCAAACCCCAGAUGGCGGAGAGUAUGAAACUUUAGACAAUGUUACUGAUCCAGAUCUAAAAUUUUGUAGGAAACCUCUGGAGGAAACCUCUGGAGAGAAACCCACAAGCAGUUCUACAACAUGCUUCUGCGACUACCAGAAUCAGAUGUUCUCCCCAGGGAGCUUCAUGUACAAUAAAACUGAUGGUGCAGGCUGGUGUUACACUUCAUAUUGCAAUUCAACAUGCAACGUUGAGAAGCGUGACAGACCAUGUCACUCCACCACUCCACAAGCACCGACCAGCACCACGUCAAGCUCUGGCACUACAACACCAACUGGCUCAACAAAAGUUACAGGAUCCACAGCGACGCCUUUCCAAGACUGCUCAUAUCUGGAGCCACCCAGAAAGCAUGGAGAGACGUGGAAGCAAGACAACUGCACCACAGCAACAUGUUAUAAUGGUACAGUACAAUCAAGCCGUACUGUAACAUGUGCUUCAGUGACCAGGCCUGUCUGUGAAAAUGGGUUGGAGCCACUCAAGGUCUAUGAUGAAACGGGCUGCUGUUAUCACUACGACUGCAGAUGUGUCUGCAGUGGCUGGGGAGAUCCUCAUUAUGUGACAUUUGAUGGUCAAUAUUACAGUUUCCAGAAAAACUGCACAUACGUCCUGGUCAAAGAGAUCAUUCCCAGAUACGGUUUUAAGAUUAUUAUUGACAAUGAAAACUGUGGUGCCUCAGGAGCUGUGACCUGCACUAAAUCCUUGAGGGUGUAUUACAAAGACUAUGACAUUAUUAUCACACAGGAGAGGAUUCCCAAGACCGUAAACAAGGUCUUCAUCAACGGCGAGCGGGUUUUCCCAACCUACUCUAAUAAGGACCUCAAUAUUAAAAGUACAGGGAUCAAGCUGGAAUUGAGAAUCCCAGCAAUUGAAGCAUAUGUGAUGUUCAAAGGACUUUCAUACAUGGUUGAAUUGCCAUUUGCGCUGUUCCACAAUAACACAGAGGGACAAUGUGGUACCUGUGACAAUAUCAAGAAAAAUGACUGCAGAUUACAAAAGCCCACUAUUCAUACCUCGUGCCCUGAGAUGGCAAAUAACUGGCGUGUAAACGUUACGACAAAGCCAUAUUGCGAGGGCCCACCUCCUCUUACAACAUCACCACCUGAAGUUGAAUGCAAUCAUGAUAUCUGCAAAAUUUUGAACAGCACGGUGUUUGAGAAAUGCCACAAACUAGUCCCACAACAAGCCUUUUAUGAGGCCUGUAAAUUCGAUGUUUGCCAAAUGCCGAAUUCCAGCAUGGGAUGUUCCAGUCUGGAGACUUAUGCCACGAGGUGUGCCGAUGUUUCUGUCUGUGUAGACUGGAGGAACGCUACGAAUGGACAGUGUGAUUUUAAAUGUCCAGAAAAUAAAAUCUACAAGCCUUGUGGACCAACUGUUGUGCCAACAUGCAAUGCAAGGUACAAUGACAAGUAUAUAGAACAAUGCCCGGGAGAAAAUCCUCCACACAACGAUAGAUUUGAUGGAUUCAUAGAGGGAUGCUUUUGUCCAGAGGAGACAACACUGUUCAGUUCAAAAUCGGACAUCUGUGUCAACGCCUGUUGUACCGGACCUGAUGGCCAACCUAAACGCCUUGGUGAGUCUUGGCAGGUUGGCUGUCAACAGUGUGUGUGCACUGAUGAAAUUGUUCAGUGUGAGCCGCGAGCUUGUCCCACUCAAGAACCAGUGACCUGUGCUGAGAAAGGUGCGGUGUUGGUGAACCGUACAGUGGACUGCUGUGAGAUUCUGACAUGUGAAACUCCUGGCCACAGCUGUGAAAUGAACAGGACCUCCACCUACCUGAAGACAAAGAAUUGCACGUCAGUUGUGCCGGUGGAAAUGACAGCCUGUGAAGGAUCCUGUGGAGCAUCCUCGUCAAUGUACUCCGCAGAGCUCAACAGUAUGACACAUGUAUGCUCAUGCUGUAAAGAAAUGGCCACCAGCGAGAAGAAAGUGGAGAUGAUCUGCCCUGAUGGAAGCAGUCUGACGCACUCCUACAUUUCAGUUGACAAGUGCGGCUGUCAAAGUGUGGCGCUCAGCAUGGCAGUCAUGUCGGCGCUGGGCUCUGGGCGUCCAGUGCUCAUGUAG